AUGGCAACUAAUGCAUUUCAACCAGCCGUCGGUGGUACGUCUCGAGGUGAAGCAAAUCUUAGUGGCAUGUCAAAACAAUAUUCGGCGCGCGAUAUGCCAGCAAAUAAAACAUUGAAAUAUCGUGAAAAAGGUCAACAUACACAAGAAGAACUACGAUUAAAAGAUCGUGAAGGUAUGCGACGAGAACUUGAAGAACGUGAACGCAAUAUUCGUGAUAAACAACGAUCUUCAUCUGAUACAAAGCGUAUCACAUCUGGUGGCACAACUAGCAGCCGAUCUAAACCUGCAAUAACUCACACUGAAACAAAUAUUGAUGCUGAUGAUCCACUUGAUGAAUCAUCUUCAGAUGAAGAAACAGCGUCACAUCAAACAAAAUUUAAUAAAAAUACACAAAGCCGAGCAAUAAAUAAUGAAGAAGGCGACGACGACGAUGAAGAUGAUGACGAAGAUGAAGACGAUACAGCUGAACUUAUGGCAGAAUUAGCUCGUAUAAAAAAGGAACGUGCCACAGAAGCAGCUCGGCUUGAACAACAAAAACGAUUAGAAGAAGAAAGAAUUCGUACGGAAAAUAUUCUCAAAGGCAACCCAUUAUUAAAUCCUGGUUCGAAACCUUCAGCACCAAUUACGAAUAGUGAAUUUCGUGUUAAACGUCGUUGGGAUGACGAUGUUGUUUUUAAAAACUGUGCAAAAGCUGAUGGUUCUUCAGGUGAAAAACGUGUCGCACAAUUUAUUAAUGAUAGUUUACGUAGUGAGUUUCAUCGACGUUUUAUGGAUAAAUAUAUUAAAUAA